GACUUACCAAAUGCGAACUGGACGUUGAGGAUGUUCUCUUUGACGUUUAAUGAUGAGGGUGGAGAAGGCGGCAGUGGCUAAACAGAGUUGAAUAAAGAUAGCAAAGCCGUCCAUCAGCUUGCACCCUGCUUCGGGUUCAUCGUCGAUAGGUUCUCUUGGAUAAAUCAUGGCUUGCAUUUAGUGCUUCGCCAUGGAAGAGCUGAAUGUACCGGUACAAAAAAAAAAAGAAGGUGGUCCGUGACGGGACAUUUUUCCGACCCAUCGUUUUUUUUGAUCGCUCCGCCUCCGCUCACCUUCCUUUUCGAGCAUUGACCCUUUCUUCCCUUUUUCGUGCUGCGGUCGUUGGCCAUGGCGGAUCAAGAUCCCUAUGGUGCCAUCAAGUUUGGUGAAUUCCGCAAAUACAUGCAAAAUAAAAAAGCCAAACUGAAAGAACAAGAAAAGGCAGUGCAUGAACCGUCGGCUGAGCCGUGUGUUCCUAUAUUUGAAGGUUGCUCAAUUCACAUUAAUGGCUACACUAUACCCUCUCGCACAGAAUUGCGUCGCUUGAUCAUUCAGCACGGUGGCGAUUUCCAACAUUACUUGAAAAAGCAGCAAGUGACACAUAUCGUUGCUUCUACUUUGACCAAUGCAAAGAUUAAUGAGCUAAGGGCGUACAAGGUUGUGAAACCUCAAUGGAUCGUCGAUUCAGUGAAUGCUAAGCAAUUGUUACCAUGGUCAUCCUAUCGGGUCAUUGCCAAUGAAUCGGCACAAAAAGAACUCCCCUUUGCUGCAGCUGCCUCGGAAUCCUCCAAAGCACCUCCAUCGCCGCCAUCGCCUUUAGACAAUGUCAAAGAUACGAAUGCGCUAAAAGAGCAGAAUCGAUUUUCACCCAAAGGCGAAGAAUUGAAUGCUGCGUUACUGUCCAACCAAUGGAAUCGACAAACGAGCACCGUCAAUCCCGAUUUCAUCAAAAAAUAUUACCAAUCAUCGCGUUUGCAUCAUUUAUCCACAUGGAAAGCCGAGCUCAAAGAGAUUGUACGCAACAUGGAACAAAAGUUUCCGGCUGGAUCGGAUCCCAACGGCAGUCGCAAACGGAAACGUGUUGAUGGACUGCGGGUUGUUAUGCAUGUCGAUUUUGAUUGCUUUUUUGCUUCCGUCGGCAUAAAAGAUCGUCCCCAUCUCAAAGAUAAACCAGUUGCUGUAUCGCAUGGGAAAGGCCUCAAAGAUACGUCAUCCAGUGAUAUAGCAUCUUGUAAUUAUAUCGCUCGUUCGUUUGGGGUUCAUAAUGGCAUGCACAUUGGUACGGCGAAAAAGCUGUGUCCCGAUUUACAAGUCAUUCCAUAUGAAUUUGACAAAUACAAGGCCAUUUCGGAGAUCUUUUACGAAAUACUUUUCCAAUAUGCUGACGAGAUCCAAGCAGUCAGUGUGGAUGAAGCAUUAAUGGAAGUGGCAUCUUAUGUUACGGAACCCAACACCGGACAAGAAGAAGCCCUCGCCACUCAAAUCAGAGAUGACAUUCGCAAAAGGACAGGCUGCGAAGCGAGUAUCGGCAUUGGACCCAAUAUUUUGUUUGCAAAAUUAGCAACAAAGAAAGCCAAACCGUGCGGUCAGUUUUACUGCAGAAAGGAGGAAGCAGAGAGCAUCAUCAAGGAUCAUGACGUAUCUGCUUUACCAGGUGUCGGCUAUGUCUUGCGCUCAAAAUUGAAUGAUAUGGGUAUAAGAACGAUCGGUGAUCUUUCGAAAGCCAACUUGUCGGAACUCUCCACCAAGUUCGGUACCAAAACAGGCCGCAUGUUGCAUGAUUAUUCUCGAGGCAUUGAUGAUCGGCCAUUGAUCACCAACCAGCCCCGCCAGUCCGUCAGCGCCGAAGUAAAUUGGGGUGUGCGAUUUGAGACGGAUCAGCAAGCAAAGAGCUUUUUAAUUGGUCUUUCUGAGGAAGUGAGCAAUCGACUGAGAAAUAUCGAUCGUCGAGGAAAAAGCAUAACGCUCAAGUUAUUACGUCGGCGAGCGGAUGCAGGCGAGGCGGAGAAAUACCUUGGCUGUGGCGAAUGCGACAGCUAUUCAAAAUCCAUUACACUGGAUAACUAUACCGACGAUGCUUCUAUUAUCAACAAGCAUGCAUACCAAUUACUGCGAUCAUUAAAUAUACCCACUGCCGAUAUCCGUGGUGUCGGCAUCCAAAUCCAGAAACUAGAUCAAAGCGAGACCCAUCGACCUUCAGCAAGUCAAGCUACUCUCGAAUUUACUGCUCGUCCACAACAAAGUGGCUCGCCUGAAAGAGAGCCACAGACGCCCACCACAACCGAAACUGAAAAGUUACCAAUGAAAGUCGAUCAGCAAGUGUUUACAGAGUUACCGACUGAUAUACAAAGCCAUUUAUCCAAAAACUAUGAUUUGCAGUUUAUCCAAGAACAACAACAGACGACCCAGCAGCUUGAAGCAUUGCCUGAUAUUGGAAAUUCACCAUUGUCAAAAGAGGCGGCGGAAUCGGAAAGUCAUGUCAAUGAUCAUCAUGCACCGCCAAGUUCAUUGUUGUCAUCUUUAGCCGGCCUCCCUCCGUGGUCCCAGUUGGAUCCAACGUCUCUGUUAGCGCUUCCUAAUACGAUGCAAAAGCAAGUGUUGGAAGCGUACAGCAAAGUGGACAAGAAGCCGAAAUCAAGAGGAACCUCGAGGCUUAUAUCGGCGUCGCCAGAAUCCCCUAGACGCUCACGGCCAACGUCCGUGGCAACAACCUCUACUGUUCUCGGAAGUCCCCGAAAUCGGUCUAAACGCGGCACGGUCACCGAGAAAAAGGCGGGAAUCACACUGACGCAAAUGUUCCCGCCCAGUCCCAAUCGACGCUAUCCUCGUGAUGACAUAAAAGACAGCCCCACUGACAAAAAUGAUCACGCGGACGAGGUUCCGUGGGAUCUUGAUAUCUGGAACGAACUUCCGACAGAAAUCCGGAGAGAAUUGCUGGCAGAUCGUCGCUUGGAAAAGGAACGGAAAAAGCAGGAUCAAGUGAACCAACAAUUUCGGCAAGCCCGUCAUAACAAGCUUUUGAACAAUGCGGCGCCAGUAUUGGAUAUUCCUCAACGCCGGGAACCGAUACUAAUGGGAAAAAGUCGUCUGGAAGAUAUUCGCGAAUUGCUACGGCAAUGGAUGGAUUCGUUCCCCGAAGCGCCGGAACCGGAAGAUGUGGAAACAGUGACGAAAUACAUCCAAGAAUUGGUGCAAGAAAAAGAUAUUGAGAAAGCCCAGUUGGUCAUUAUGUAUCUAGACUACUUGGUGAAACAACGGCAACUUGGGAAAGCGUGGCAGGACCAUGCUCAGCACAUCCAUCAAUGUGCAUCGAUGACAGCCCGAGAUAUCUUUCAGUGUUCAAUGCGAUUUUGAAUCAUCUGUGGGUUUCUUUAUUUGUUUAUGUAGAGAUUUAAGGUUUCAUUUUGUUGUUGCAGGAUAAAGGAGGGAAGAAGAAACAAGAAGAAAGAAAAAUACGCAUGA